CUCUCUCUCUCCUAUCUUCAACUAUUUUCUCUCUCCUCGCCGCCUAUCGAAGACGAAGAAGAAGAUAGACAGCGAGCUGACCAGAUCGCUUCCUCUUUCCCCAAAUGGCGGAGGCGCAACAACAAGACCGGGCCCCAACCCUAUCCGAGCAAUACCUAUUGGAGGGGAAAGAGGAGAAGGUAGCUGUGGAUUCUAAGCCCGUGGAAGUAAAAGAGGUUGAAAAUCCAGGGAAAACUGAACCCAAGGAAGUUAUUGCCGAGAAAACUGAGGAACCACCAGCAGUUGCUGCCGAGGAAAGCACUGAAGUCGUUGGUGGUGGCGGUGAAGAAAGUAGCAAAUCCACCCCUUCUGCUCCUGCUGAUGAAAGUACCAAAUCCAAUCCUGCCCGUGUUGAAAACAGCUCUGAAGCUGCUACUGAGGAAAGCAGUGAAAAUGCUGAAGACUCGGGUGAUCAAGAAGUUGCAGAAGAGGCACCAGAGAUUAAGCUUGAGACAGCACCAGCAGAUUUUCGUUUCCCAACAAGGCACUGCUUUACUCGUUACAUUGAGUAUCAUCGGUGUGUGGCUGCAAAGGGAGAAGAUGCUCCAGAGUGUGAGAAGUUUCAGAAAUAUUAUCGUUCUCUUUGUCCUGGUGAAUGGGUCGAGAGGUGGAAUGAGCAAAGGGAGAAUGGAGCCUUUCCAGGUCCUCUGUAGACAGAUAGUGCUUGUUUAAAAGCUUCAUAUGCUUUGCAUACUGCUUUUCUGUCCAAGUUGGUAUUCUGAUAGAUGAACUUUCUUGAUGAGAAUUGAACUCUCAGGGAAUUUCUUAAACAAUGAGUUAAUAAGAAAUUUUGGCUUGUUUCCGAAUACAGAAAAUUUAUUGCUCAUAAAACAAUGUCAUUUACUGACAUCAAAAUGAGGAAAGCUUCUCUUCUUUAUGGUGUUUCUCCGGCUUAAAUGUUGUGCAUAGUUAUAACGUCAAUUUUCUGCGAUCCCAUUUAUCUGGGUAUGUGUUACAUUAUUUGGUUAAGGCAGUAUUCUGGUGUGCUUGCUCAUCUUUCUUAUUUUAAAAA